CGCAUUCGGGAUGGGUGAGGCAUUCCCGGGCCUGUCCAGCAGGAGACGCUAUGGGCGGAGAGGGACCCUGGACCGGAAGCCGGGCUGGAGGCUUCCGGGCGCAGUCGCGGACUCCUUCCACUUCCGCCGCCGCCGCCGCCGCCGCCGCGGGACCGGGCUGAGUUGCCGUUUGUUCCGAGCCGCUACCCUCGCCGUCGCGAUGCCGCUGGAGAACCUGGAAGAGGAGGGUCUGCCCAAGAAUCCGGACCUACGCAUCGCGCAGCUGCGCUUCCUGCUCAGCCUGCCGGAGCACCGCGGGGACGCGGCCGUGCGCGACGAGCUGAUGGCAGCCGUCCGCGAUAACAACAUGGCUCCUUAUUACGAAGCCUUGUGCAAAUCCCUUGAGUGGCAGAUGGACGUGGACCUGCUCAGUAAAAUGAAGAAGGCAAAUGAAGACGAGUUGAAACGUCUGGACGAGGAGCUGGAAGAUGCGGAGAAGAAUCUGGGCGAGAGCGAAAUCCGAGACGCGAUGAUGGCAAAGGCCGAGUACCUCUGCCGGAUAGGUGACAAGGAGGGUGCUCUGACAGCCUUUCGCAAGACAUAUGACAAAACCGUGGCCCUGGGUCACCGACUGGAUAUUGUGUUCUAUCUCCUUAGAAUUGGCUUAUUUUACAUGGAUAAUGACCUCAUCACACGGAACACAGAAAAGGCCAGAAGCUUGAUAGAGGAAGGAGGAGACUGGGACCGGAGAAACCGCCUAAAAGUAUAUCAAGGUCUUUAUUGUGUGGCUAUUCGUGAUUUCAAACAGGCAGCUGAACUCUUCCUUGACACUGUUUCAACAUUUACAUCCUAUGAACUCAUGGAUUAUAAAACCUUUGUGACUUACACUGUCUAUGUCAGCAUGAUUGCUUUAGAAAGACCAGAUCUCAGGGAAAAGGUAAUUAAAGGAGCAGAGAUUCUGGAAGUGUUGCACAGUCUUCCGGCAGUUCGGCAGUACCUGUUUUCACUCUAUGAAUGCCGUUACUCAGCUUUCUUCCAGUCAUUAGCUGUUGUGGAACAGGAAAUGAAAAAGGACUGGCUUUUUGCUCCUCAUUAUCGAUACUACGUGAGAGAGAUGCGGAUUCACGCGUACAGCCAGCUGCUCGAGUCAUACAGGUCAUUAACCCUGGGCUAUAUGGCAGAAGCCUUUGGUGUUGGUGUGGAGUUCAUUGAUCAGGAACUCUCCAGAUUUAUUGCUGCUGGGAGGCUACACUGCAAAAUAGAUAAAGUGAAUGAAAUAGUGGAAACGAACAGACCUGAUAGCAAGAACUGGCAGUACCAAGAAACUAUCAAGAAAGGAGACCUGCUAUUAAACAGAGUUCAGAAACUAUCCAGAGUAAUUAAUAUGUAAGGGGAAAAAAAAAACAACCUCAUACACCAAGGAUUUCCUGUAGAGGUGCUUACUUUACUUUGUGCCCAGUUGAACUGUAUAAAAUAAAUACUGCAUGGUUUCUUUCAGUUUA